AUGGUUGCUGCGUCUCAACGCAUUAAAACAACGUUUUUGAAUUGUGUUAAAAAAACGGAGCUGCAAGAAUUAUCAAACGACGAAUGUUUGUCACUAAUUGAUAAACUAUGUUGUGCGCUGGAUGAGUUUGAUGAUGAGCCAAAUGAAUCACUCAACCUGACAGAUGUCGCGGUGAAUCAGGAUGUUUUGUCGCAUACAUUAUUGAAUAAAAUACUUGAUCAAAACGACUUGUUGGUGAAAACUUUAUGCUCGCAGUAUUGUCAACUAUGGCCUACUCAUGCUGUUGCUGCUGUUCCUUCUCUGAAUUCUCAAUCUCAAUCAACGUCAAAAGCUGUUACGAGUUUUGCUUCGUCACCAUCACAAUUCAAUCACUCAUCUUCGCGACCGUAUCUACACUAUUGCCGAACGCAAUUUGAACGGAAUUUUGAUCCUCUACUGAAAUCAAGUCUUCAAGCCAUACAAAAUGAUGACAUUAAUGAGUUUAAUCAUAAACUUAUUCAGUCAUCUACAGCUGUUAGCUUCGAUAUAAUUGAGUGUAAUUUCACAUGUGAUAUGAUCAACAGCAGCGGAAUUCACUUGAACGCUUUUGGGACUGACACAUUAUCGAAUUGUAUUGAUGAUUAUUUGAAAACUUGUGUUUAA